AUGCCGCGGGAUCCCCUGAUUGGACUGGUUGGUAAACCUUCCAGCGGUAAAAGUACCACCCUAAACAGUCUCACUGAUGCAUCAUCAAAAGUUGGUCAGUUCAUAUUCAUCCUUACUCGCCGAUAUCAGAAGCUUACGACCUAUCAGGCAACUUUCCGUCACUUCACCACCAUCGAUCCUCAACGUGCUAUCGGGUAUCUCCAGGUCGAGUGUGCCUGUAAACGUUACAAUCUCUCCAGUCGCUGUAAGCCCAACUAUGGCUCAUGUAUUGAUGGGCGACGCUCCGUCCCAAUCGAGCUCAUUGAUGUAGCCGGGCUUGUACCCGGUGCUCAUGAAGGUAAAGGGUUAGGAAAUAAAUUUCUCGACGACCUUCGACACGCUGACGCGCUGAUACAUGUGGUUGAUGUCUCUGGCACCACUGAUGCAGAGGGAAAAUCUACAAGAGGAUAUGAUCCAUCUUAUGAUAUCUUCUGGUUGCGUUCCGAAAUUGUGCAAUGGGUUUUAGGAAACCUUACUCAGAAAUGGGGAUCCAUCAGAAGGAGACAUAUGGCCAUCAAAGCUACGGCGAUAGACACACUUCAAGGUCAAUUUUCCGGUUACGGUUCGACUGCACCUGUAAUAGGGCGCACACUCGACAGGCUUUCCCUCAAAGAACCUUUAGAGAAUUGGACACCUGAGAUCAUUACCAAAGUAGUUGAGACAUUUGUUGACGAAAAAUUCCCCACCGUCAUAGCUCUUAACAAAAUUGAUCAUCCUGAUGCUGACAAAAACAUCUCCAAAAUUGCCAAAAUGCAAAAUCCGCAAAGCAUAGUCUUGUGUAGUGCAAUAUCUGAGAUAUUUCUGCGCAAAUUAACGAAACAAGGCUACGUGCAAUACAUAGAGGGAAGUGAGAUUGUUUCAACGCGCGAGGAUCUCAUUGCAGAUGGCGAUCCCACCGGCGGUGGAUUGAAAGAGCUCGACGAAAAACUUCGCACACGUAUUGAGAAUCUUAAAGAUAUGGUUCUAUAUCGCUUUGGCUCCACUGGUGUCGUUCAAGCGCUUUCUCGCGCAGCCGAACUACUCGGUCUUGUCCCUGUAUUUACGGUGCGAAACGUUACAACAUUCACUUCCAGCGCAAAUCAUUCCUCCGCAGUUUUUCGUGACUGUGUGUUAGUGAAGAGGGGUACCACAGUAGCCGAAUUUGCUCGUAAAGUAUUAGGUGAUGCGCCACUAGCAUACGUAGAGGGUGUAGGGGGUCUCAGGGUUGCCGAAGAUGACGUCAUAACCACUGGUAAUAACGAUAUCCUCGCCUUGAAGGUCGGUCGAAUAUAA